AUGGGCUCAUCGGCUUCUAAACCGGCGCGCUCAGCCGCCCAGGCCUCGCGCCGCCAAUAUCCCAAACAACCAUCUGCACCCUCUCCCGCAUCAAGACCUCCGACACAGCGACCACCACCUCCGGCCCCCUCACCGGCAUCUCGACAACCAAAGAUUCCACCCCAGAGUCCUGCACAGGGCCCAACGUAUCAUUCGAAAGAGAAAGCCUCCUUGGAGAAAUCUUCUGCAAUCGACCUUGACGGGCGCGAUCCACACUUCGCAGCCUCUCUUCGCUCUAUCGGUCCUGUAACACCCAACCCUACACUCUCGCACUCCAGCACCUUCAACCAGACACACCCACCAUCCGUCUUCCCAUCGACGUCCACAAACCCCGCUUUGCUAGCCGUCACAGCACGCCAGCGGAUCACCAGAGAAGCGGAAGCUGAAGCUGAGGAGCUGGGUAAGGGCGGUUUUGAAGGGAGGAGAUACCUCGAUGCGUAUACGAUUAGGCAGAUAUUGGCUAUGCGCGAUAGACAAGGACUCGGCGCGGAAGAAAUUGAACGGGCAUUGAGGCUUAAGAGAGGGAUUGUGGGGAGAGUUGGUGCUGCUAAGGGAGUAUUUGGGGUUGUGUGAGGCUGAGCCUGGCGGAGGUUAUUUGUGUGGUGAUAGUGUAUAUUAUUUGAGCUUGGUUUGCUUUUGGGAUGAAAUAGAAUGAAAUACGGUGUUGAGUAAGG